AUGUCUUUUAUAAAGGCUCUCUUCAUCCUCUUCUUCCUUGUGUUAUUGCAGGGCAUCAGUUCAGUUUUGGACACUGGUUCUAACUCUAAUAUUGCUGUCUAUUGGGGCCAAGGCGGAUCGGAUAGUUCCCUUGCCGAGUUCUGUGAUGACUAUCCACAGGUCAAUGUUGUUCUUCUGUCUUUUGUCACCAAGUUUUCGAGCACCGGUGGUUUUCCUAGCAUGGAAAUUGGAACGCGGAAGUGCAAUCCUUUUCCCGGCACCAAUCUUGGUGAUUGUCCUCAACUAGGACAGGAAAUCAAGACGUGCCAAGCCCAAGGCAAGACCACCAUGCUUUCCAUUGGCGGCGCGACCUACACUGAAGGCGGCUUCUCCUCAAAGUCAGACGCCAUCAACAGCGCAAACACCGUCUGGCAGACCUUCGGCCCCAACACCCCGGAAUCCCAGCACCGCCCCUUCGGAGACGCCGUAAUCGAUGGCUUCGACUUCGACCUCGAGUCCCCAGCGACCAACAUGCCUGCCUUUGGCAACCGCCUCAGCGAACUCAUGAAUGGUCAAUGGGAUAGAGAUUUCUACCUCACGGCCGCUCCGCAAUGCCCCUUCCCUGACAAUAACGUCGGAGAUUGCGGGCUAAACGCAUUCACAAACGGCGCGCCUACGGGCUUCAACUUCGACCAGUGGGACCAGUGGACUCGUGAGGAGUCAGUGAGCAAGAACGUCAAGGUGAUGGUUGGUGCGCCGGGGAGUCAAGAUGUGGCGCCGAGCUCGGGGUAUGUUGAUGCUGGGCAGCUUGGGGAGAUUUUUGAGUACUCCAAGCGGUUCUCUAGCAUGGGCGGUGUUAUGGUUUGGGAUGCGUCGCAUUUGCAGAUGAACCCGGGUCUUUUGGGGAGCAUUAAGAAGUUGGCGGAGGAUGUUCUAGGGACUGUUGGAAGGGUUUUAAUUGGACAGAUGGGGUGUUCUUACUGUUGUGUUUUUAGACUUGGGUUUGUGAUAUUUGGACUUUAGAAUGGGUUGUUUGUUUUUCUCUUUGUUGUCUUCUUUCUUUUUGAAGAUUGAAGCUUUAAUAAUUGCUCUUGUAGCAUAUGGAAACUGAAACAACAUGUUGAUUCCUCGUACCACUCCUCCGUUCAUCCAUCCAUAGUGGUAUGAGGUUCACCAUCGAAUCCGAUUAUUCGGAGCUGGCUAUAGUUGAGCCUAAGCCAUAGUAGAUGUCCAUAAAAGGCACUCCCUUCGGUAAAAAGUACCUCCGUUCCGCCGC